GAGUCUCACUAUGAAGCUCUGGUGGUAUACUGUCCCUAUCUUUGGAGAGAGACAAAAGGAGGCUGUCAAUCCAUCCGGGGCAGAAUCCACUUGAAGUCUGUCUCACCCAUUCAUAACUCCUCCUUUUUACUCUCAGCAACUUUUAUUACGGAAAAUUAAGAUAACAAAAGUGGGGGCAACGUGUUAGAAGCCUCCGGCAUUAAGAUGACCAAGCAUCUCGCAUCUCGGCUAGUUUCGGAUAUUAUCUCUUUACAAGCGCAGACACAAUAGAGAAGGACCGGAAUUCACCCGGAGGCCCCAGGGGGGGCUCCACAGCGCGGCCCCGGUCAGGUUCUAACCGAAUUUGCUUCCUCCUCUUCCCGCUCGGCGUGGGUCACCUCGGCCUGGUGGCGUUCCUGACACCCCACCGGUAGUCCCGGUGAUACGUGAGUGAGUCUCUGCGCGCGGGGCCCCCGAGAGCGGCAGCGGGCACCCGCCACUUCCUCUUUUUCGCUCUGACUAAGACGCCCUCCCUCCAGCCUGCUCCCCGGGAGGAGGCGGAUGCCCGCACGCCCCGCCCAGGGGCGUGGCCAGCCCGGAGGGGCGGGGAAACACCCAUAUUUGGCCUUAUAUGGGCACUCACGUCACAGGACGCGCACUCAUUCACAUAAAACGCUGCGCUGCCGGCGGAAUCCCCAGCUUUCUGGAGCAGCGAGUGGCGGGGCCGGGUGCCGAGCGAGCGGGGCGUGGAGAGCGUCGCGCGGGCCCUCGCGCCGGCCUCCGUUUGCAGGCCACAGCCCCCCGCGAGGUGGCCCGCCCGUCCUCGGCCUCCCGUCCUCUGGCAGCUGUGGGGCGCGCAGCGUCGGGCCGCUGGGUGGCGGCGGCAUGAAGGUCACGUCGCUCGACGGGCGCCAGCUGCGCAAGAUGCUCCGCAAGGAGGCGGAGGCGCGCUGCGUGGUGCUCGACUGCCGGCCCUACCUGGCCUUCGCCGCGUCGAGCGUGCGCGGCUCGCUCAACGUCAACCUCAACUCGGUGGUGCUGCGGCGGGCCCGGGGCGGCGCGGUGUCGGCGCGCUACGUGCUGCCCGACGAGGCGGCCCGCGCUCGGCUGCUGCAGGAGGGCGGCGGCGGCGUGGCGGCGGUGGUCGUGCUGGACCAGGGCAGCCGCCACUGGCAGAAGCUACGGGAGGAGAGCGCCGCGCGCGUCGUGCUCACCUCGCUGCUGGCCUGCCUGCCCGCCGGCCCGCGGGUCUACUUCCUUAAAGGAGGGUAUGAGACCUUCUACUCACAGUAUCCUGAGUGCUGUGUGGAUGUGAAGCCCACUUCACAAGAGAAGAUCGAAGGUGAGAGAGGCCUCCUCAGCCAGUGUGGAAAGCCCGUUCUCAGCGUUGCCUACAGACCAGCUUAUGACCAGGGUGGCCCAGUUGAAAUCCUUCCCUUUCUCUACCUUGGAAGUGCCUACCAUGCAUCCAAGUGCGAGUUCCUCGCCAACCUGCACAUCACAGCCCUGCUGAAUGUUUCCCGCCGGACCUCCGAGGCCUGCACCACCCACCUGCACUACAAGUGGAUCCCUGUGGAGGACAGCCACACCGCCGACAUUAGCUCCCACUUUCAAGAAGCAAUAGACUUUAUUGACUGUGUCAGGGAAGAAGGAGGCAAGGUCCUGGUCCACUGUGAAGCUGGGGUGUCCCGGUCACCCACCAUCUGCAUGGCUUACCUCAUGAAGACCAAGCAGUUCCGCCUGAAGGAGGCCUUUGAUUACAUCAAGCAGAGGAGGAGCGUGAUCUCCCCCAACUUUGGCUUCAUGGGACAGCUCCUUCAGUAUGAAUCUGAGAUCCUGCCCUCCACACCCACCCCCCAACCGCCCUCCUGCCAAGGGGAGGCAGCCAGCUCCACGUUUAUAGGCCAUUUACAGACACUGAGCCCUGAUAUGCAGGGUGCCUACUGCACAUUCCCUACCUCAGUGCUGGCCCCGGUGCCCACCCACUCCACAGUCACAGAGCUCCACAGGAACCCUGUGACCACAGCCACAUCCUGCUGAGAUUGUGGUCGGCUGCCAGCGAAUCCCCAAGAGCAACUGUGAUUUGGUUUUUGUUUUUGUUUUUGUUUUUUAACUUGUGGACAUUUCAUACCCGUGCAAUACUGAAGACCUCUCUCUGUCCCGCUGCCCCAGUGAGAUGCUGAGUGGUCAGCAGGCUUGCAAAUGCACUUCAGACUAACCCCGAGGAUGGGUUCUCGGGAUUGUAGGAAGGCCAAGCCAUGCCCCUAGCACAGCACGUGCUGACUACUGUACUUCCAGAACCCCUCCCCACUCAGGACCACCUCGUCCUUGCACCUCAAAAGUUCGCCUUUUCAUUUCAAGCGUAAGGCAAUAAAUACUCGCAGCAAAGUGGGAGCAAGCUGCGCUGGACCAGGAGAGAAGCCAGUUCAUCUAGAAGGAAGCACAAUUUUCACUGUUUUUUGAACUUCGGCAAACUUUGUCUGUCUCUGUCACUUCAGGGAAGAGAACUGGUCACCACCCAGUCAGAAAAGUUAACCCUGUUAGAUUUGUCAAGAAAAAAGUACCUGCCCAUCUGAACCUAGAAGUGUGUCUGAGAUUCUGUCUGGGGCCCCAUGAAAGCUGUUGGUGGAAGAAGCAAAUGACUCACCAGGGUUCCUCAGUGACCUUGGACUUUGGCAUGGUUUUUACAAAUACUUGAACCUGUCCCACGGUAUCUCUCUCUAAAGCACCUCUGGUGUCAUUCAGAAAGUUGUCAGACCCUAGACCAAAAAUCACCCCUCAUCAUGAGGAGGCAGCAGUAGCUGCCUGUGUCCUGGGUCAGUGGUGGUGACUACUUCUCAGUUUAGUGUCCUGUGUGCUUUUUGUCAUCCAUUGUGACGAUGUUUCCCUCCCUACCCCUGGGGAGUUGUUUUCAAACUACUGAUUCUGGGAUCUGCAUCUUUUGCAAUGUGGUACUACUUAUGUUCUUUGGUAGAUUGUUUUUCCAGGGGGAAAGGUAAUAAGUACCCCCAAACCCAUGUGAAUGUGAAAAAAAAAAAAAGCAGUGUUGCUGGUUGGU